AUGACGGGCUGCUUGUUCUCGUGUAAACUCGGCAAAGUUUCACAAUUGCUGUCCUUUCAAGUGACGGCGAAAGAGGCGUGUUGCUUCAACGCGGGCGGGAGAGGUCAGGUGAAAAUGAUCAGGCGCCCCUCCCAUGCCGCAUUCUCGCCUCGCUCUCGGCUCCAAAACUUCCCGUCACCAUUCAGGCACAGCAAUUUAACACGCUCGCAUGUUGUGUUGUCGGGCUCGGUUCCGAGCGGGACUGUCUUCGAAUUCCUGGAUUCCUUUGGCGCCGUCGACAUGGGAGGCAGGGAGGAGGUCAUGGUGACCCGGGCGCUCGGGCCCACCAUGCAGUUCACGCGCUGGAACAAUAUCAGGCUGCGUCCUGCACAGAAACCGAUGAGGAUCCGAAACAUCAAGUCGUCCUCGCAAAAGAAGAAAUCCAGAGAUCCCAGCCCCACCGAGAUGAGCGCGGAGCCCUGGGCCAGCCCGCAGGACCAGGCCGCCGCUGAGCACGGCGCACGCACUUCGCCCUCGCCCCCCUCCCAGGACCAGGAGCAGCAUCCCGACAAACUCUGCUUGGACUCUUUCUGGAACGAGGUGGAGACCAUUCGGCUGGGGGGCGGCCUCGCGGACCUCGACGCCACCCGGAGGGAUUCCAGACAGUCGGAAGAAGGGGAGCAGGAGGAGCAGUGGCUGGCCGACGCCGGCCUCUCCAACCUCAUCGGCGAGGGCGGCGAGGAUGCGGACAACGCCGUCCUGCUGUCCACGCUGACCCGGACGCAGGCCGAGGCGGUCCAGCGCAGGGUGGAUUCCUACACAAUGUCCCUGCGCAAGCGGAACAAACCGGCGCCGCGCCACGUACGCGACAUCUUUGCCACGCCCAUCCAUCAGGGUCUGCCUGAGUCUCAGCACAGCGGAGAACUCGCCCAGAACAGCAUGACGUCAGUCUCCAAAACGCCGCUCUCAGCUCCCAAGGAGGAAUUCUUCUUCACCGACGUGGCUUACUGCGAUCAAGCCGCCAUCUUCCUCAAACAGGCCAAGCUGACUCAGAACAGCAUCCAGCGAAGGAGGGAGGACGCCACCUUGCCGCGGGUGGUCUGCCCCAAGUGCCGCCUGGGAAUCACUCGAAUUCAAGACCUGUCUCACGCCGACAUGAAGAAAGUGCGGCAGUUGGCGCUCAUCGACAUGACGGCGCUGUGCGACCUCAUCGGCCUGGAGGUGAAGCGGCACAAGACGGCCAAGAGAAAAAUGCCCGAGAGCCCGUUGUUCGGCGUGCCGCUGGCGACGCUGCUGGAGAACGACCAGAAAGUGAAGGCGGCGGCGACCACUCCUCUCCUCCUGCAGGAGCUUUUGACAUUCCUGGAGAAGAAGGGAGUGGAUUCCGAGGGCAUCCUGCGGGUUCCGGGAUCUCUGUCCAGAAUCAAGUUGCUGCAGCAGAACCUGGAGGCCAACUUCUACACGGGUCACAUCAAGUGGGAGGAAGUCAGCCCCAAUGACGCCGCUGCGCUCCUCAAGAAAUUCAUCCGAGAGCUCCCGGCGCCUCUGCUCACCGCCGAGUACCUCAACACCUUCAGCGCCGUCAGAGACGUCACAGAGCUGAAGCAGAAACUUCACAUGUUGAAUCUCCUCAUUCUGCUGCUGCCUGAGCCCAACAGGAACACGCUGAAGGCCCUCCUGGAGUUCCUCAGCAAGGUGGUGUCCCGGGAGAAGAGGAACAGGAUGAACCUGUGGGCCGUGGCAACCAUCAUGGCUCCCAACCUGUUCCUCCACAAGGCCGUGCCCAGCACCUUGACCGAGGGGGCCGAGAAGGGGCAGGUGGAGAAGGCCGCCGACGUCAUGAGGCUCCUCAUCCGCUACCAGGACCUGCUUUGGACGAUUCCAAAUUUUGUCAUGAACCAGGUGCGGAAGCUGAACGAGAACAGCAACCGGCGCUACCAGUUUUACGAUCGGCGCUUCAAGAACUUUCUGAGGAAGAUUCACACAGACAGCAAGGAAAAACCUGACAAAAAUACCUCAGAGCCACGCCGCACGGUGAAGAUCCACAUCGGGGAUCAGGUGAGCGGCUCCAUGGACUUCCAGAUCCAUUCGGACUCGCUGGCUUCUGACCUGCUGACCCAGUUUUACCAGCAGUUCAUCCUCAGCCCUGAAACUGGGAAGACCCAACGGCGAAGGAACGGCUCCAUGUCCUAUUCGGAGUGCGCCCUGUACGAAGUGGGAGGGAACAUCGGUGAGCACCGGCUGGACCCAGAGACGCAUCUACUGGAUUUGUACAACAGCAACUCAGGAGGCGAGUGGGUCCUCAAGAUGAAGGCCACCGCCAGUCGAGGCUUGUGAAAGGUCGCCGCCGUUCGACAAGAAGAAGAAAAGACGGGACGAGUCUGUGUGGCCAUUUCGUGGUGAGAGCAACAAGGCAGAAGCAUCCAGAUGGAGGACAGAUGAACAAUUUGCCAGGAGCAGUAUCUGCCCCCCCC